UGCGUUACGUGUGAUCCACCCUACCACAACUAUUGCAGUCUAUAAAAGAAUACUUUACCUCUACGAUGACAUCUGUGUGUUAGUGCCUGCAGCAGUGUAGUGUUGUGUACCUAUCUACUUACCACUAAGCAAAAAACCGGAAACAUGCAGCCCACCACAAUCAUCGUUCUGGCUUGCCUCGUGGCAGUAGUAGCUGCUAACACUAAGUAUGAAUACCCCGUCGAAGACUCCCUCAAUAUGCCAGCAGAUCAAGUCUACGAAAGCAUUAACGACACACCAGUACAUGAAAGGAGUUCCAGAACAAAGAGAGGAUUACUUCUUUUGAAGAAAAAACUACUGUUGGGAGCUCUCGGUCUGAAAGCAGCGAAGGUGGGCGCUGUCGGUGCUGGCGUCGCGGCGAUCGCGCUAAAGAAACAGUCAGUACAUCAUCCGCGACAGACAUAUAUUCACGGCCACGGACCCGCGGUCGUCGAAGUUCAUAGCUGGUCGGGUUAACCGCGUUUCGAGUUUUCUUAUAUAGUACAGAAUGUGCUACAGAAAAUGAAGACAUCGCGUGUGGAUCCAGAAAUUUAAUUUAAGAGCAUAAACCAAGGGGUAUUUUAGUUUAUCUUUAGUGUUAUUUAGGUGUAUACCUGUUAAUGAAUAUAGUUUAAAACUGUUACCAUCAAGAUGUAAAUACUGCCAUACGUAGAAUGUAGAAGUAAAUGAAUAUUAUAAAAUUAAAAUACGAAUGCAAGAAUACUUUUAAUCGAUGCUAGUGCUCCUACGUAUGGACGAUUUUAUAAUAUUCUUUCUUUUCAUUUUCUCUAACGUUAUACAAUCAAGAGAUUCAAUUAAUGUUGUUCGUUAUUUGUUAUAAUAUUUAUAACAAAUUGAGACUCAAGUUAAUGUUAGGGUGCUGUUUGUUAAUAAAACUAUAAACUAAUUA